AUGGCCAAUUGGUUCCUGCGCAUUUUCGGCAUGGGCGGCGAUGGCCAAAAUUCCAGCACCCCGGUUCUGACGAAGGAUCGCGCGGCCGAGAGCAUGAUCAACUCGCUCGAGAGUCUGAACGAGACGGAGGAGAGCCUGGAGAAGAAACGCGCGCUGCUUGAGAAGCGGAUCAAGGAUGAGCUGGAGAAGGCCAAGGCAUUGAACGCGCAGGCCAAGAAGAAGGAGGCGCUGCUUGCGCUGAAGAAGAAGAAGAUGUUGGAGUCCCAGAUAGAGCAAACUGAUAACCUUAUCCUCCGGAUAAGCGAGCAACGCAUAAUGCUCGAGAACCAGCGAACCACUGCUGAAGCCGUCUCCACCAUGGUUGGUGCUGCUGAUGCCGCGAAGCAGACCAUGGCCGAGAUGAACAUCGACAAUGUGGACAAGCUGAUGGACGAGAUCAAUGAAGGGAACAACAUGAUGGCCGCUGUCAACGACGCCCUUGGGCAGGGCUUCGACCUGGGGAUCAACCUUGAUGAGGAUGAGCUCGAUGAAGAGCUGAAGCAGCUUGAGGCGGAGGCCAACGGCGUGGGGAUGGAUGUGCCUGAGACGCCUCUGCCCUCUGUGCCAACCACCGUUGUGGCACCCAAGGCCAAAGCCAAGGCCCAGGCGGAGGAGGAGCUGGCAGCGUUGGAGGCAGAGUUUGCCAGCUGA